AUGUUCUUUUUGCGCAAUCUCUCACAUACGAUCAACCUUCAUCCGUCCUACUAUGGCCCGCACAUGAAAGAGUUCCUGCUGAGGAACCUGUAUGCUGAUGUCGAAGGAACCUGUUCAGGACGAGUCGGCUUUAUUAUCUGUGUUUUGACCGUGACCAACAUCAGUCCAGGAAAGGUCUUACCUGGCUCAGGCCUUGCAGAGUUCGUGGUCCAGUACCAGGCCAUUGUCUUCAAACCGUACAAGGGGGAGGUUGUCGAUGCGAUCGUUACCAGUGUGAAUCAGAUUGGCUUCUUUGCCGAUGUUGGUCCUCUCCAAGUGUUUGUUGCCCAAAAGUUGAUGCCCAACGACUUCAAAUUUGAUUCCAACGGGCCAUGUUACAGAGGAGACGAUCAGAUGAUUGAAAAGAAUGGACAAGUACGGCUCAAGAUUGUCGGUCUGAAGCACCAGGCAACUCAGAUUAACGCUGUCGGUACGAUAAAAGAGGAUUACUUGGGUCAAAUUCAAUAA